ACUUCUCACGAACUCUCCUGAGAGAGCAGCAAAGGCCGCCAUCUUCAGGUUCACGAAAUUGUAACGACACACUACGCUAUGGGCAUCUUCAAAAAGUUCUUCUCUAUUGGCAGCAAAAAGUCCAAAAGGCGGUCUGCCGCAAAAGCUGUUACUCAGCCGCCCGUCCCAUCUCCAAUCCAGAAGAAUCUUUCCGUGUCGCAAGAAGAUGAGGCAGAGGCCGCCGUCAGCCGUCUGUUGCGGUCAUCUUCUGCCCGGAUCGCUGCGGAAUCUGAGGUGGAUUUUGCUUCCCCUACCACCUCUACUGCAACUGUCUCCACUGUUUCGCAGCGCAGCACUUACUCAGUGACAGUGCAUGGCAAGGUUGUCCACAGUCGCACUGAAUUUCCGAACGCCUACCCGCCGAUGGACAAGAUUGUUACUCCAAAACGAUCACUCACAGAUUCCGCUCGCCGCCGCGCGAAGAGCGUGCCCAUUACUCCGCGAGACCAUAACCGUCUUCUGACGUUGCGUCAAGACCCAUCCGUCGCGAGUUUGCUCAACCACUACGACGAUAAGGGAUGUCUUGAUUCGGGUAUUUUCUCGAACACGACGCCUUCUUCACUCAUGGAAGGCCGCGUGCAGAGACGCCGGACAGGCUCAACGUUACGGCAGUUACUUGGUCACCCUUCAUCACCAGAACUCAGAGACAGUAACACUGAUGGUGACAUUUCUUGGGCAGACAAGUUCCUUGGGGAAACUGACGGGGAUUCUUCCGCACCCUCCUCUGGCCCCGCGACGCCUGCAGACACUCGUUUUACGGACGCUCACUUAGCUCAAACCGAUCACAGUAUUGCUAUUUCCACAGGGUGCGACUCGGCCACUUACCACCGUACCUUCUCUUCUCUAGAGGUCGAGAUUAGCAUCUCAAUGGAACAAACUCAUGAACAAGUUCCCGAUCAUACUAUGACACCACAGAAAGCUUCCGAAAUCUUUAGUUUCCUUACCGAGAGGAAGAAGGCACUGGAACUGCCUCCACUUCCGCGGCUCCCUCAAAUCAAAGCGACACCUAAUGUUUCUCCUGAAUCCCCACAACUGGAUACCCACCAUACCCGCAUGCCUCGUUACAAUAGUACUCGUAUACCUCGGUCAAUUUCCCCACCUGCCCACCGCCGCUCCUCUACCAUUUCUAGUCCAAUUAAAACGAAUCAUUCCUUGUCAAUAGCGGUUGCCUCUCAACUCCGCGAUGAUGCACAUGAAACCACCAAGCCUCCGCCACGCAUAGCUACGCAUUCCACUGGUCGAAGUACACGUGGUCCGCGCGGACCACGGACACCUUCCAAGUUACCUCCCCGGUCGGUCAAUGGGGUGGCCGGUACAGGGACACCUGGGACAGAUGGGGUGCAAGUAGGAACCAGCGCCAAUGAUGAGCACACAGGCACUCGAGCGGCCCUUGGCGAGAAGUCCAACAUUAGUGCAAUGUACCCAAGCCCCGCAUGCACCCCUGCAGCCAAGUCGCAUAUACCAAAGCUGCGUACAAGCUCAGGCUCAACCGUAGGAUCUGUUGAGUCAAAGGAGACUGCGGCAACAAAGGUCGUUCCUGACCCCUCUUACAAGACCGUCUCCGAGCCAGUUCAAUUUGCCGCGAAAGCUACUAUGGGUCAAUCUGCUGCCACCGGUACCCCAGGUAGCGAUAAAGAAAACGGGCUGUCUCGCCUUCCGCAGCCUGUGACGCCUGUUAGGCCAUUCGGAUUUCGUCCACCGUACCUCGUUGAACCCCCUUCUCCUGCGUCUUCAUCCGAACUCUCACCUGUAGCUAAACAGAUGAUGGAGAACCUGCGUCAGAAGCGGAUGCAGGCGCGUCAGAAAGAUCGUCAGGCUGGAAGGCUUGGAAGUAGUCACAGCAGGAUUCGCUAUUGAUGAACGUUGGCGAUUAUCGUUCACCUCUUUCUCGCUUGGAUGGCAUCGUUAUACUUUUAGUUUGCGGACUGGUUCCGUUCUGUUUCGAAGUUGGCUUGUGACUCCGGAGCCUAGCGUCCAUUCUCCCUCUAUUUCUGUCCUUACUCUCUUCCUUUUUUUCCCUCUUGCUUUGCAAGUCCUCGGCAUGUACAUUCACUAUCAUUGCCCUCGUUGUACAGCUGUCUCGUGUAUGUAUCCUUGUGCACUUGAGUCACUUAGUUGCGCGCGCGAGUUGCUUGCUGAG